AUGGGCUCUACGUGCUGUUCCGGACAGGAGGUGAUUGGAGAACAGGACGUGAUCCUCAAUGUUUACGACGUGGGAAACAGCCUCGAGAUGGAUUACCUUAACAAUGUUCUUUACCUGGUCGGCACGGGCGUCUACCAUGCAGGGACCCAGAUCGGCAAACAGGUGGAGUGGGCCUACGGCUACACGCCGAAGGGCUCCGGCGUGUUCCACUGUGAGCCGAAGGGCUAUCCGUUCAAGUUCCGCCAGUCGAUCAAGCUAGGGACCACCCCUCUCCAGGGGGAGGAGCUGAAGGAAGCCAUUGCAAAGCUUGAGGGGGAGUUCCAAGGCGAGGACUAUGACCUUCUCCAUAAGAACUGCUGCCACUUUGCCGUGGCACUGUGCCAGGCCCUGCAAGUCGAGAAUGUGCCCCAUUGGGUCACCAGCCUUGCUGGAAUCGCCGCUUUUAUGGUGGAUGAGGAGCAGGCGGUUGCACAUGAGCUCCACAACCUGUGGAACAAGGUUCUUUCAGGUGCAGAGGAGAUUGAAGAGAGCCUCCAUGAUGCCAUUUGGGGUCAUGCGGAGCGUCAUGCGGAGAUGAUGAUCAUGCAAGGGCAGCCGGCUGAUGGUGGAGUUGUUCAAAUUCAGGAGAAGGUGGAUGACAUCUACAGCACAGAUUGCUGGGGCCGGAAGAAGGUGACGGCCAAGGCUAGCGAUGUUUUGAAAAAGGCGGGCAAGUUGGAAGGGGAUGCCGGCUUGUGCUGCGUGUAG